UGCCAGAAUUAAUGGAACAUGUGCGUCUGCCAACAUUAGCAUCUAAACCUGAUAUAUUAUUUAAUAUAGUAAAUGAACCUCUUCUUAAGAAUAAUCCUAAAUGUAACGAAUAUGUUCUUGAAGCAUUAAAUUUUAAUCUACAAAAAUCAUUUCAGCAUUUCACUAUUCCCCAAACAAUUAGGUGUAAACCUCGACAGUUUGGUGGCUCUCAAAAAGUUAUUAUAAUGUUCAAUCAGUCUGAUACAUCACCAAAGUGUUAUACGGAAUGUUAUGACCCAGCAACCAAGCUAAGAGAGAAUGCACCAGGGUUAAAUGAAUGUCGUAAGUUAGCUGGUCUCGGCGUAAUAAGAGAUCAGUUUGUUUUUGCUGUAGGAGGUGUAAAUGAAUCAAGUUCUAAGUCUGUCUGUAUGCUUGACGUAUCUUUACAAUCACCCUCCUGGGUUCCAAUGGUCAACAUGUUAGUUAGUCGAAAACGAUUGGGAGUUGGUGUAUUGGAUGAUUGUAUAUAUGCAGUUGGUGGAGGAGAUAUCGAUAAUCCAUUAAAAAGUGUUGAGGUUUUUGAUAUCAAUAUUCAAAAAUGGAGAACAGUAACUAGUAUGUCUACUGAAAGAUGUGAUUUGGGUGUUGGUGUACUCAAUAAUUUAUUAUACGCGGUUGGAGGUUCUGCAGGUAAAAAUAAAGCUUUAAGGUCUGUGGAAUAUUAUGAUCCUUUAAUUGACAAAUGGACACCAGUUGCAAAAAUGUCUAUUUGUCGUUAUGGUGCAGGUGUAGGUAUCUUGGACGGCCUUUUGUAUGCUAUUGGAGGCUAUGGAGGAAAGUGUCUUAAAAGUGUUGAGGUGUACAGACCAAGCGAUGGAGUUUGGUCGUCUGUAGCUGAUAUGGAAAUAUGCCGAUUUCGUCCUGGAGUAGUGGCAUUAAAUGGUUUAUUGUACGUUAUGGGUGGAGAAAUUGAAACAUUUAUUGUUGAUACUGUAGAAAUUUAUAACCCUAACACUAAUACUUGGACCUUGGAGAGAUUGUCAAGAAAUGGAGUACAAAUUUAUGGCGGAGUAGUGGUUGAUAGACCACCAUAUUUUAUUACCUAAUCGGCAUACAUAAUGGUCUCAUUGUUGGUAGUGUUAUAAACAUAUUUAUGUAUAAUUUAUGACGAAUCGUGUAUUGUUAUAUUCAUUUUUGUUUUUUUGAAUGUUUUAUAAAAAAAAGUUUUAUAAUCUAUUUUUAUGAUUUACAAAUCAAAUAAUUAAGCUAUAAUGUUAAUUGUAUUGCAUUGUAUCAGAAAAAACUUAUAUAAUUUACAAUAUACAUUAUAUUUUUUA